GCAAGUAAAAGAAUAAGGCUGAUAUUUUCAUAUCGUGGCUCUCGUAGUGUUACAUGGCAUUGAGGUGGGAUUUACUCCGUGUGACGCAGCAGCAGCUCUAUGUUGGAGCUGAGGCCUGCUUGAUGCAGUGAGCCAGUCACCCAAGAGUCAAAAAGAACAGAAAAACCAUGCAUGUGAAAGCGUCCUGCUGUAGAGCCCUCCUGACAGCUGAGGAGCAAGGGACUGUAUGGCUGUUGCUGUGAGGGUGUUAGACCGCUGUGAGGGCGAGUGGGACCCCAGAGGGCCUCUGGCCUUGGUCUGGAGUUAUCACUCACCUUUGGAGCUCUGUGUUUGCCUUUUGGGCACUCAGUACAUUUGUUUCUAAAGUGCUGGGUGCCCUCAAGGACAGUGGGUAGAAGGGGUCUCUCGGGUCCUUAAGUUCUGUUGUUAGCUUUGUUCCAACCUCACUCUGUAACCAAGGCUAUCAGCCUUACCUCCACAGUGUGCCCCCACAUCCAUUGUGUGCCCCCAGUUUUGCUGUGUGUUCCACCACUUACCCUACUAUUAAUGCUGCCAGACAUCUCUCCAAACCAGAGCUCCUGAGCUGUGGCUUACUGAGGCCAGGGUGGUUGUUCUGUGGACCUUGUGGACUUUGUCAGAGCACAGAUCUGCUAGAGGACCCCACAGGCCAGCCUACCUACCCCCUCCCCCCCCCCGCCGCCCUUUUUCCUCCCACAGUCUCAGUGAUGCUGAUGAACUCUUGUCCCACCUGGGCAGGUGCAGGGGCUCGCUUAGAGUAAGAGUAAGGUGGUCACCACCCAUACUCUGGGGUUCAGGCCAGGAAAAUGUCAGGUGUGGUUCACAUCCACUCUGCUGGAGUCUUCUUGAGAGCCUGGUGUCUUGCGAGUGGGCACCUUGCCAGGGUGGAGAAGGUCCUGUCACCAUCUCGCUAAACAAGUAGCAUGCACUGGUCCAUGGUCACCAUGCCAGUUCUUCAUGUGAUGUGCCAGCCUCCAGUUCCAGGGCCAUGGGGGAGAUAAGGUAGCCCUUGGGUUUGAUUGGGGAAGCCCAGUUCAAUGGAUGCGAAGUACAAGGAUGAUUUAUUUCGGAAGUACGUGCAGUUCCAUGAGAGCAAAGUGGACACCACCCCCAGCAAGCAGCAGCCUGGCAGCGAUGAGUACCUGCGAGUGGCAGCCGCCACCCUGCUCAGUCUGCACAAGGUGGACCCCUUGCACCGAUUUCGGCUGAUCCGGUUUUAUGAAGUGGUAGAGAGCUCCCUCCGCUCACUGAGCAGCUCCAGCCUGAGUGCUCUGCACUGCGCCUUCAGCAUGCUAGAGACGGUGGCCAUCAACCUCUUCCUGUUCCCCUGGAAGAAGGAAUUCCGCAGCAUCAAGACCUACACAGGCCCUUUUGUUUACUAUGUCAAGUCCACUUUGCUGGAGGAGGACAUCCGAGCCAUUCUGAGGUUCAUGGGCUACGAGCCUGAGUUGGGAACUGCAUACAAACUCAGGGAGCUUGUGGAGUCCCUCCAGGUGAAGAUGGUCUCCUUUGAGCUCUUCCUGGCCAAGGUCGAGUGUGAGCAGAUGCUGGGGAUCCACUCGCAGGUAAAGGACAAGGGCUACUCAGAGCUGGAUGUGGUGACUGAACGCAAGAGCACCACAGAGGAUGCGCACGGGUGCUCAGACGCUCUGCGGCGACGGGCUGAGAGCAGGGAACACCUGACCACAUCCAUGGCUCGUGUGGCACUUCAGAAGUCAGCCAGUGAGCGGGCAGCCAAGGACUACUACAAGCCUCGAGUGACCAAACCCUCCAGGUCGGUGGAUGCCUAUGACAGCUACUGGGAGAGCCGGAAGCUCCCCUCAAAGGCCUCACUGAGUCUGCGAAAGGAGCCAGUGGCCAUGGAUGUAGGGGAUGACCUGAAGGAUGAGAUCAUCCGCCCAUCCCCCUCCUUGCUGACCAUGUCCAGCUCCCCGCAUGGCAGCCCUGAUGACCUUCCAUCCAUCUCCCCCAUCAACGGCCCUGGCCUGCUGUGCAGUACGCACUUUUCCACUCAGGAUGACGUGGACCUGUACACAGACUCAGAACCCAGGGCCACCUAUCGCAGGCAGGAUGCUCUGCGGCCGGACGUAUGGCUGGUCAAAAAUGAUGCCCACCCCAUCUACCACAAGCGUUCACCCCCCACCAAAGAGUCUGCCCUAUCCAAGUGCCAAAACUGCGGCCUGUCCUGCAGCUCCGCCCUCUGCCAGCGCUGUGACAGUCUACUGGCCUCCAAGCCCAGCGCCUUUCCCAGCAAGGCAUCUGGUCACGACAGCCUGGUCCAUGGGGCACCUAUGCGGGAGAAGUAUGUGGGUCAGACUCAGGGCCUUGACCGGCUGCCACCUGUCCACUCAAAGUCCAAGCCCUCGACCACAGCCACCUCCCGCUGUGGCUUUUGUAACCGUGUGGGUGCCACCAAUACCUGCACCCAGUGUUCAAAAGUCUCCUGUGACGCCUGCCUCGGCGCCUACCACUACGACCCAUGCUGCAGAAAGAGUGAGCUGCACAAGUUCAUGCCCAACAACCAGCUGAACUACAAAUCCACUCAGUUCUCCCAUCUUGUGUACAGAUAGGCCCCACCCCCAUCUUCCGCUACAAGGGCUACACCGCUGACCUGGCUUGGUCCCGUCCAGAGGUAGCAGAGCAGCAUCAGAAUCUGGGAUCUGAGCUUGACCACGGAAGCAGCCAGGGUCACUGCUCCUUCACACUCUCGGUCUGAGGGACAGGGUGGCACUUCCAUUCAGUCAUUCCACUGACCUCUCCACUCCCUGCUCAGCUGGUUUGGGUUUGGGUUCUGGUUCCUUUGAAAGAAGGUCUCUGUCUCUGGGACUCUUGCCACAUCUACCCCUCCCACCGCAAAGCCAGCUUGGACUGGGAAGGAUCCUUUGGGCCACCUUCAAAUGCCCACCAGGAGCGGCGAGCUAGAGGCCUGCUGGCUUGUGAAAUGAGCCCUCCUGCCAUACCGGGCCUCUCUGAUGGCUCGCCUCUUUUCCUGCUCCCCUGAUACAAGGAUCCCUAGGCAGAUGUCCCCGUCCCCUACCUCCCUCCAACUGGUAUCAAAGGGGAACAAGUCCAGUAUUAGCUGAAUGUCAUCUUGCCAGCUCCACUCAAUCAGCCCACAGUGUUGGCGAGCUCUGCUCAGCGAUUGGAAAGUAGACUCCACAGCAGGACUGAUGUCCUUUCCUGUUUGCACCCCCCGCCCCCCGACUGUACUGUAUAUAGAGUUUGAGGUUAUUUUUAAGUGAGUAUUCAACUUGCUGUGUAUUUCAACAUGGUGAAAGAAAUUAAUGAUAACGGUAUUUAUAAAGGUGCCCUGGGUCCUUUAGUCUUCCAAGGGGGGUGGUCUCCACUUCUAGGGUGGAACCAAGAGCCUCGGGGUAGGGAACUGACAAAGCCCAUGGUCCUUCUUGUAUGGGUAGAGGGCGGCUGCCCUUCCCUACAGAUAAUAUUAUAAACCUACCUCCAGUGUGCACGUGGGGUUAGCACGGUGCCGAGGGCUGCAAUGACCCCAGUGACAAGGUGGAGACCUCAGCCCUCACAUCUACAGCUCUGGUCUUGGUGCCUGCUGAGCAUGAUCUCGCACCCCAAACCUCAAGUUCAUUUCAGAAGGAAAUUUAUGUGGGGUUCCCUCCACGCCCAUCUAAGCCUUCCUCACUGGUUUGCAGGGCUCUCAGCAGUAGCUCUCAGUCUUUUUGCACUAGGGUGGGCAGAGGUGGUAUGUGCCCAUCGGAUAAAUGCUUCUCCAGUACGCAGCUGAGUGUCCACGACUCCUUGUAUAAAUUACCCACCUCUCAAUUUUCCUUCUUUGGGGAGCAGAGACAGGAGUAGGGCAGGAAUUUGAAACUGUCACUUUCUUGUGAACUGGUAGCACACUUUAGCCAUAGGCAGCUGUGACGUAUGCUGUGUGGGACAUAUAUGCUAGUGGGGUUUUCCCGAAGAAAGGCGUUCAGCUCUAGAGCAGGCUUGACUCUGGCCAAACCCUGAGCCACUGUGAAUUUGCUGGUGUUCUUCCAAUUUACUGGAGUUUUCAAAUCUUAUAUGGCUCUUUUUUUAAAUCUCUAGCUGAUAGAUUACAUGUAGAUAGGUGUAUAUACAGCUAAAUUUGAGCAAUUUUAUUACUGAGACUAGCCUUCCUGGGCAGCGGUCUUUGAAGUUCCCUCCAUGCUUUGGAACUGGCGAUGCCUGGCACACUCCCGAGAGCUCUAGUUUUCCAUUCCAGUUUGCUCCAGCAUUGCAGGGACUCUAAGAUGGAGGCCAGGUUGGCCAGGUUCGUCCAGUGUACUUUCUCCCAGGAAAUAUUGUGUGUACAGACUGGCAUGGCCUCACCCUCCUAGGUGUGUCUUACCUAUAGGAGAUUGCUGUGAUCCGGAGAGUUGAGUAUAUGCUAAUUUAAAAUGCACAUUAUUUUGCGUUUGAUUUCUACAGAGUUGAAAUGUUCAGAGAUUUUAAAAAAACUAAAUAAAGUGUCUUCCAUUGUUAAAGUGUU